GUUUUCCUGGGUUGACCUUUUCCCUUGGAAACCACUUCCUCCGAUCCCAAUCGGCCAUUUUAAUUUAACUCAUUCAGGAACUUAUGUAAACAUAACAAAGACGGCGGUGCACGCACUGAAGAGAAACAUGAGGAAGAAGCAGAACAUGAAGCACCGGCGAGCGGAGGAGACGACAGUCGUGCAGGAGUUCGUGGUGGAAAAGAUCGUCCAGCAGCGCGUGAUGAACGGAAAAGUGGAGUACUUCCUCAAGUGGAAAGGCUUCACCGAUGCGGAGAACACGUGGGAGCCGGAGGAUAACCUGGACUGCCCCGAGCUGAUCGAGGAGUUCCUGAGGGGCCGAUCUCUGUCCAGGAGCACCGCCGAGGAAGGGGAGGGGCAGGGGGGGCUCCUCACGGACUUCCACAUCCAGCCCAAAGAGGAGGAGGAGGAGAUGGACACACACAGGCGUCCGCUGUGCCUUGGCGAAGCUCCGGAACCGCUCCAGGAGACAACUGCUGUUCCUGGGACCUUCAUGGGCCACAUAGAACCGGAGUGCAUCAUCGGGUCCACCGACCACCACGGGGAACUCACGUUCCUCAUCAAAUGGAAGGACAGUGAGGAGGUGGCGUUGAUGUCCGCAAGGGAGGCCAGUGAGCGGAACCCCCAGAUGGUCAUCGCCUUCUACGAGGAGCGGUUUAGGUUCUCCGCAGACGAGGAGCCGCAGGCUGAGAGAGAGAGACAGAUGGUCUAGUCAGUCGUUAAGCUGCCUGCAUACUGCUUUAACAAACACCAACAAACACCAACACACAAAUACACACAAAUACACACAACAACUUUAGGUGUAUACAUUUGCAUAAUUGUUACUCCAUUUAGCCAGUCCGUCCACAUUAAGAUGGCGUAUUCCUACACUGAAAAUAAAAAUGAUCUCUGAGGUGAUACAUUUGAAAACGUGGGGUUCUAGUUGCAGUGUGUACAGGGGGAACAGAGAGCAUUAUAUAUGAUAGUGCACGGUUGCCAUGACACUGAUAGAAUGUUGGGUUCCACACACCACCAACCACAAAGAGUUCUAUUGAGUUUCAGUGAUCUAGUGUGGAUGCAAAACCUUAUAAAACGAUACAAAAAGGAUAUUGUGAACAGAUUGUUUUCACCUCAAAUAUGCAUAUUUUUAUUUACCCAACUUAUUGUGGACGCAGCCUUGGAAUGUUGGUGUUUGAUGGGCAUUGUCUGGGCAGUGUGCAAUCACCUUAAGACUGAGAGAGAGAUGGAGGGAGGAAGAGAUUGAGGGAGGGAGAGAUGGAGGGAGGGGAGAGAGAGAAAGUGGGAGAGAGAUGGAGGGAGGAGGAGAUGGAAAGAGAGGGAAGGAGAGAGGGAUGGAAAGAUAGAGGGGGAGAGGGAAGGAGAGAAAAGAGAUGGAGGGAGAGAGGGGAAAGGAUGUGUAGUUGUGCAGCUGUAGUAUUGUAGCAUUUCCCUGUUGGUGUUCUUAAGUAGCAGACUGUGUCUCCGUGGAGACGUGUCCAGAGCCGUUCGUCUUGCUGUCCUCAAGUCCUGCGUUAUGUAAUCAGACCUGACGAAGAACUCAGACCUGUGUGAGUGAGUGUCAGUGUGUGUGUGUGUGUGUGUGUGUGUGUGUGUGUGUGUGUAACGUCAAA